CGUUCACCUGUGCAUGGCUACAAGAUUUUCCCGCGGCAUCGCCUGGCAAGACCUUGGCGACUGUAUUCGCCGUUUUAAACGAUUCGACUUCUCAGACCAAGAAUGUCCCCUCAACUUGCGGCGCUUCCCAGUCCCCCCAAACCGCUUCCUCGGUCCUGGGACCGAAGCUUCCGCCUUACUCGCACCGCACGCACUACCAUCCACUUCAUUGAGGAGCUCGGUAACCCGGGGAAAAUCGUGAAGACUUCGUCAUCGGGGCUCGAAGCCGAAAUCAUCAAGAGAACCACAGGCCAGGACGUCGAACCGGUCGAGCCCAAGACUGAAUUAGACGGUGGCAACCCUUGGGGCGGGUAUGAGGAACAUCGCCAUCUCCUCGUCCGGGCGAUCGUCAAGGGCUUUCUAACAACAAAGCCCCUUUCUCGCCUUCCCAAGUGCCAAACUUGCAUCCUCGUCCGCGACAUCCAGGUCUUCAACUACGUUGGGGCCAGAAUCAUUGACUUCAGCCGGUCUUGGACCAUGCCACAUCCGUCGUUCAUGCCAACAGCCAUGCGUCCCAAACGCAUACAGCAAACAAGGGAGCGAGACCCGCAUACUUUACGCAAGGCAUCGUUGAGCUGGAUAUUGUGGGAGAAGAACCCAACCGGUGCGAAGUGUAUCUUUGAGCACAAGGUCUUUGUGGAGGCUGAGUCCGGUAGCUAG